AUGUUUGAAUCACGAAUGAUUGCCGUUAAACCUAUUGAUAUCUGGUGGAUUUGUGUGUUUAGAUGGGGGUUUGGUCUUGGAGUAUGCAUUUUGUUUGGAUUGAUGAAUGGUGUUUGUGGAUCAGAUAGUAUUGAUAUGCGGGAUUUGCCGAGUUCGGCUGAAGUGACUAAAACCUUGCGAUCACUUGGAUUUAACAUUAGUAGGUGGGGGUCAAAUUUACAGAUUGAGCCUUACAUUUCUAGUUAUUCUCAGGAUAUAUCUGGUACUGGUAGUUCACUACUACCUCCUCUUUAUGUGGUGGAUUGUUGGGAAGAGAGUUUGUGCUUUGAUCUACCAAACUAUCGUAGUAUAGAAAAGGCGACUGCAGCUCUGGAAAAGUUAAGAGAAAUCGCCUUUAUUAAGACACCUGAUGUGGUUGUUAAUUGUACGUUGCCCAAUCGUAAAUGUCAUCAGAUCAAUAUACAAAUUCUAACCCGGGUUGUUAAUAUGUUUGAUUGUCUGAUAAUGCGACUUACCUCAAAUAUUGGCCGGAUAGGAGAUGCAGAUAUAGUUGAGCUCGAUUCUAUUGCUUGCUGGACGGAAGCACAACAUACUGUUAAGCAUGCUGUUUAUAGAUACCGUUGCCAACUCUGCUUCUCAAGUAAGGCAUAUGGUAAGGAUCGGAAUUUAAUAAACCGCAGUAUUGUCUUACUGCGGCCAAUCUCAAGUGUUUGUCUGCGGAAGAGCCAAUACCAAAACACGUCGUGUCUGACUGAGUUGCCUCUAAAGCCUAACUACGAUCUCUUCUUUACUAAUCUGCCACCCGUGGCUGAGAUUGAUCUUAGUAUUCUUCAGCAGACUCGCUCCAUAUGUAGGGCGAUCAAAAUUAUACGAUCGAGUGAUCUGGACAUAAUGAUAACUGGGCUUGAGAAUGCCACGGAUGUUCAUCCAAGACUGGUUCUGGAAGCAGACUGGAUGACUCUUCGGUACCUGUGCGAGAAUAACCGAUCUCACAUCAAAGUGCAUACUAUUAUAAAUCCGGUCGAGCCUCCAUAUUGUCUUCAAGCAUUGCUUGUGCCUUUGCCGCCACAAACAAUAUCUAAUCCUCGUAUUGCUGCCACGAUUGCAGUUGUCUCAAUUGGCAAAGGAAGGCCGUGCCAAUCCCUGGAAUAUUAUGAACGGCUCUAUACAAAAGAAGCCUAUGCCAUGUGUGGAAUCACGGUUGAAGAGGUUCAGUUCAAAUAUGAAGUAGCUCGAGAUGACUUGCAUGAUACUAUAGAUACACUUUGUCAAAUCAAGGCAUUACCGACUAAGGUGUUAGAUGAUGUUAAGGCAAAGAAUAUUGUAUGCUGUGGCCAACAACUUAACUAUUCCGACUGGUCUCUCCAAGAUAAGGUUAGCAUUAAACUUAACCACCAUUACUUGGGACAGAGACUCGAGGAAUAUAAAGCAAAACAUGAUCUGUUCUUCUGUCAAAACAUACGCUAUAAUACGAUCGACAUUCAAGGAGACCAUUAUGCCAGCAUAAAGUACUUUCAAAAAUGUCUAGACUGUCUAGAUCUAUUUCAUAAUAUUACGGCCAAAACGCUUCGCAUAAUGGAUGUGCGCUCGAAUGGUCAGCUAAGUAGCCGAUUUGACUUGGCCGCUCUAAGAAAAGAAGCUGCCCGCAGACCCAUGCGCCAACUCAAGGUUCAAACCUUAGUGCUAGACAACGUUGAUGAACGGAUUAUUUACAGGAUUUUAGGAUGUUAUGUCUUUGUUGAAUCAGUAGAUGUCCAUAUUUUGAAUCAGCGGUUCAAAAACCUUGCCAUUGCCGAAAUCCUUUCCCAACCUACAACCCAUAACAUCAACUCAUUAGUGAUCAAUGACUUCUUUAAGCUAGAUGAAGUCGUGCGUUAUAAGAAACAGCACAAAAUAAAGUCGUUCUCGUUGUUUAGAUAUGUAGAGGACGCAAUCAAAGCUGGAAAGUCACUGCAAGACCUUGGUCUACACAAGUUGGUUUUGUCAUUGAAUAAUGUUGAUUAUAGCUUAUACAAUGAAGUCCUGAACGACCUGCUGAGUUAUGGUAUUCGGCCCAGUCCUAUGUCAUUCGAAGCAUACAUGGAAUGGCUGGCCAAGAACCCCAAUACUAAGCUGGUGAUAAGCCAAAAAGAGCUUGUUCUUGCGGACAUAACAUUAGAGGCCUUAAAAGCGGAUCUUGCUAUCUCCCAACCCCCAGACGUACCCCUACUCAAUCCAGCACAGCCUAGGAAUCUUCCGUCGUCUUCAGUUCCGAAACGGCCUGUUAAGAAAGUAGUCUUGCUUUUGAAAGAGACACCGCUACUUUCCGAGUCGGAUUUAGUGACUAUUAUUCGCUGGACAGCUCACUGUUUUAAGGAUGUGAUUUGCUUAGAGGUAAGAAGGACUAAGAUAUUAGAUGAAGAGCGAAAUGUGGUCGCUGGCCGUGAGUACAUGGUCAGGGGUUUAGGUUUACUCACAAGCAUUCGCAUUGAGGAUGGCAACACAAAACGACCGAACAUACAAUAUCUUGAGGUGCGGGCCCGGCCGCAUAGUGGUUGUUUCCUAAUGUGUUCUACCAACACUGAACCCGAGUUUACUGCAGUGACAUCCGCAACAAUACACCGACUUGCCAUUAGUUCCGAACAGCUGGAUAAUCUUGCUCCCAGUGGUACAUCUCUUAACAAAUCUCUCCAAAUGAUCAUAGAUGAUAUUAAAAAGAACGGGUCCGAUAUUGAGUGCCCGGUUUGCUAUAGGGUCCUUUAUGUACCACCAGAAGAGAUCAAUACGGCCGAGCCAGCACCAGCAUUUAGUUCAAUGAUUAACGCUGCUGCAUUUUGUUAUUUCAGGUGUGGCCACCAGGUCUGUAGCGAUUGUGUAGACGGGAUUAAGAACAAAACGAAUGAUCUAUGUCCACUCUGUCGUAACAAGGAUGUAUGUGUGAAUCUUCAUCGCUUAGUUGACAUUCCUCUAUCUAGCUUUGUUUUUGUUGAGGACAGUGCCGAGGCCUCUGCGGCCAAUCGAAAAUGGCUCGAAUGUAUGGCAUUGGGUGAUGGUUAUGUCUAUUUGUACAUCGCGCAUGGCGAUUUAGCUGGCCUCGCUAGUGGCCUUGCAGACGGACUAAGUUAUGACGCCUCCCACAAGAUCCACGUGAUUUGA